AACUAUGGUCUUACCCCUUUGUUCAUGUUCUCCCAAAUUGCAUCUGCUCCAAAGUCAUACCACCUCUCAAAUACCACAGCACCGACCACCAUUGUUAACAUGAACGAUGAGCUUCGCCUGAAGAUCAAGUUAUACGCUGUUCUUGUAAGACCCAUCUUCCCUCAGCUUCUUUUCCAAAUAUUGUGACGUCACGAAAAUAAUAUUCGACAACCAUGGGGUUAAAGCUGAAACCACGUGGAGUACAUUUUCAAGAUGGACUCAGAUACAAGUACUAGAGGAACAGCGCCUUCUCCUCCUCCAGGCAGCAAUGGCGAGAGGAUCACUCUGCCGCAUAUGAUAGAUCACAUACGGACGGGCCAACUUAUAAGAGGUCCAUUGCAGCCGUACAAGUGGCUAGAGUACGCUGCCAAACCCAAGACUGAGCAGGAGCUACAGAUCCAGAGAGUGAUGGAUGGAUGCACAUUCAAGUCCAUCAUGAGCUUUGUAGUUGGAGGUGCUCUGGGUGGGGCAUUUGGUUUAUUUAUGGCCGGACUGGACUCUCCCAUCACGCAUGAGAAGAUGACCACACGGGAAACACUCCGAGACAUGGGCCAACGAUCACGAUCGUAUGCCAAGAACUUUGCAAUAGUCGGCUUCAUGUUUGCUGGAUCAGAGUGUCUCCUCGAAACAUACCGAGGUAAAGGUGGCAUGUCCUCCAGUGUGAUGGCCGGCUGUGCCACUGGAGGUGUGCUAGGACUCAGAGCUGGAGUUCAGGCAGCUGCAUUUGGAUGCGCUGGGUUUGCUGCUUUCUCUGCAGCUAUAGACUAUUUUAUGAGAAGAUAGCUAUAUAUGAUCAUACACAUCUUUUUAUCAGCAAUUUUGUUUAAGUGUAUAUUUAGAUGUUGGUAGGCAGUACAGUGUUAUUCAAUAUUCAAACUUGUUUUGUUCAAAAUUUUAUUGCUCACAAAUUAA